AUGGUCUCAGAGAACGAGAAGCACGGUUUCGAGCCAACCCGCGAAGAGAACAUCUUGAACAGCACAACCGACUAUCCUGGGUACGCCGACGAUGAGGUGGAGCGGCCAUCGACCUUCGGCAAUGACAGCUCCACGGAUGAUCUUGACGAGAAGGAUAGGCUGGAGCGAGUGCAGACCUCCAGGUCGGCUCGGGAUCGACGCCAGUUCCAGCCGGUCAUUCCUGGAGACCGGAUCGAGCUGCAGAGGAUUGCAACGACAUUCAGUGGCCGAGGGGCCCUGUCCAAGACGAAUACAGGCGCGACGGGGCAAAUGGAAAGACAGGACACGCUGGCUGGCGUCAAGAUAGGCGACCCAGUGCUCGAUCCGGCGUCUGCUGAGUUUGAUGUGUACAAAUGGACUCGAAUGGUAAUGAGUUUGAUGGAUCAAAAUAAUGUAGUGCAACGACGAGCCGGUAUCGUCUGGAAGAACCUGAAAGUAUGCGGAUCAGGGUCGGCAAUCAACCUGCAGAAGAACGUCGGAUCACUCUUCCUUGCACCUUUUCGAUUGGGAGAGGUAUUUGGAAAGGGCCCAGAGAAGACGAUCUUGAACGAAUUCGAGGGCUGCCUGAAGACUGGAGAGAUGCUCAUCGUGCUGGGCAGACCUGGAUCAGGGUGCUCCACGCUCCUCAAGACUCUCAUGGGCGAACUGACGGGUUUGGAUAUGAAGAAGCAAUCAGAGAUUCACUAUAAUGGAAUCUCGCAGAAGCAGAUGACCACACAGUUCAAGGGAGAACUUGUCUACAAUCAGGAAGUCGACAAGCAUUUUCCACAUCUUACAGUGGGAGAAACCUUGGAAUUCGCGGCUCGCGUCAGGACACCACAGCAGCGACUAAUAGAUGGACUUGAUCGCGAGACUUGGGCCAAACACAUCGCCAAGGUAUUCAUGGCUACCUUUGGCCUCUCACAUACAUACAACACCAAGGUGGGAAACGACUUUGUGCGAGGUGUUUCUGGGGGAGAGAGAAAGCGUGUCAGUAUUGCCGAGAUGGCACUCGCGGGAUCGCCAAUUGCUGCUUGGGACAACUCCACGCGAGGUCUGGAUGCGGCCACGGCCUUGGAGUUCACCAGAUCACUCCGCAUGUCUUCCAACCUCAGUGGAGCAUGCCACCUGGUCGCGAUCUACCAGGCCUCGCAAGCCAUCUACGACGAGUUUGAUAAGGCCGUGGUGCUGUACGAGGGGCGACAAAUCUACUAUGGACCGUGUGAGGAAGCGAAGCAGUACUUCUUGGAUAUGGGCUGGGAGUGUCCUCCUCGCCAAACGACGGGCGAUUUCCUGACUUCUGUCACAAACCCGGUGGAACGCACAGCACGCAAGGACAUGCAAAACAAAGUUCCCCAAACGCCAGACGAAUUCGAGAAAUACUGGAAAGAGUCGGCGCACUACAAAGCCUUGAAGCAGGAGACCAAGGACCACGAAGUCGAAUUUGGUGGCGACGAGACCUUCAAGCAGUUUACUGCUAGUCGGAAAGGCAUGCAGGCAAACCACGUCCGACCCGCGUCACCAUACACCGUCAGCAUUCCGAUGCAAGUCAAGUACUGCACUCAGAGAGCCUACCAACGUUUAUGGAACGACAAGACCUCGACUAUCACCACUAUAGUGGGACAGAUUGGCAUGGCUCUGAUCAUUGGGUCUCUUUUCUACGGCACACGCAACGACUCGGCCGCUUUCUUCCAAAAGGGUGGUGUGCUUUUCUUCGCUGUCCUCCUCAACGCCCUCAUCGCCAUCUCUGAGAUCAACACUUUGUACAGCCAACGUCCUAUCGUCGAAAAGCAGGCUUCCUAUGCUUUCUAUCACCCUUUCACUGAGGCCAUGGCUGGUAUAGUUGCAGACAUUCCCGUCAAGUUCAUGAUUGCCACCUGCUUCAAUAUCAUCCUGUACUUCUUGGCUGGAUUGCGACGGGAACCGUCCCAGUUCUUCAUCUUCUUUCUGUUUAACUUCGUUGUAAUCCUGACGAUGUCUCAAAUCUACCGGUCUAUCGCUGCGAGUACCAAGACGGUCUCACAAGCUCUCGCUAUCGCAGGAGUCGCUACUUUGGCCAUUGUCAUCUACACUGGCUUCGUAAUUCCUAGACCACUUAUGCACCCAUGGUUCAAGUGGAUAUCCUGGAUCAAUCCGGUUGCCUAUGCAUUUGAAGGUCUGUUCGUCAAUGAGCUACACGGUAGACGAUUCGCAUGUUCCCAAGUCGUUCCGUCAGGGCCCGGAUACCCCAGCACCGGCAACGAAUUCAUUUGCGCUGUUGCGGGAGCCGUUCAGGGCCAACUCACCGUAUCAGGAGACGAUUACGUUGAAUCUCAGUUUGAGUACUCGUAUUCCCACAUCUGGCGAAAUCUCGGUUUCAUGUUUGCCUUCAUGAUCUUCUUCCUCGCGGUAAACCUUACAGCAACCGAGCUCAAUGCUUCGACCGACAGCAAAGCAGAGGUCUUGUUGUUCCGUCGUGGCCACGUCCCUCAGCAUCUGGAGGCCGCCGAAAAGGCGGCAAGGCAAGAUGAAGGAGCUCCUAUGCCUUCCACUGGAGUCCAGAGUCCCGCAAAAGAUGACGAGCGGAAAGAAAAAGAGAGCGACAGGGAGGCCGUCGCACUGGCCCCUCAGACCGAUGUUUUUACUUGGAAGGACGUUUGCUACGAUAUAAAGAUCAAGGGCGAGCCUCGCCGUUUAUUGGACAACGUUUCAGGAUGGGUCAAGCCUGGUACUCUCACUGCAUUGAUGGGCGUCUCCGGUGCAGGAAAGACGACCUUGCUCGACGUACUAGCUCAGCGUGUCUCUAUGGGUGUCGUUACUGGUGAUAUGCUGGUGUCGGGAAGGCCUUUGGAUAACUCCUUCCAGCGCAAGACGGGUUACGUCCAGCAGCAAGAUUUGCAUCUUGAAACCACGACUGUUCGCGAAGCCCUGCGCUUCUCGGCUAUGCUUCGUCAACCUAAGACUGUGUCUAAGAAAGAAAAGUACGAGUUCGUCGAGGGUGUCAUCAAGAUGCUGAACAUGGAGGACUUUUCAGAGGCUGUCGUUGGUGUUCCUGGAGAGGGUUUGAAUGUCGAGCAGCGCAAGUUGCUUACCAUCGGUGUCGAGUUAGCGGCAAAGCCGGCUCUCCUGCUCUUCUUAGACGAACCUACCUCGGGUCUGGAUUCGCAAUCAUCCUGGGCCAUCGUUGCUUUCUUAAGAAAGCUCGCGGAUAACGGACAAGCUGUCCUGGCUACCAUUCAUCAGCCUAGUGCCAUUCUCUUUCAGGAAUUCGACCGACUCCUCUUCCUAGCCAAGGGGGGUCGCACAGUUUAUUUUGGUGACAUUGGGGACAAUAGUAAAACGCUUCUCGACUAUUUUGAAUCCCACGGCGCCGAAAGGUGCGGCGAAGACGAAAACCCUGCUGAAUACAUGCUCAAGAUGGUCGGAGCUGGUGCUUCCGGCAAGUCUUCCAAAGACUGGCACGAGGUCUGGAAGGGCAGCGAGGAAGUUAACCAAGUCCAAACUGAACUUGCCCGGAUCAAGAACGAGAUGGGAAGAGAAUCAGGCGGCGAUGACAACACAUCGCACUCCGAGUUCGCUAUGCCGUUCUUCGAUCAACUCGUGGAAGUGACCAGCCGUGUCUUCCAGCAAUACUGGCGAACACCCGAGUACGUCUUCGCUAAGCUCAUGCUUGGAGUGGCUUCGUCACUAUUCAUCGGUUUCUCCUUCUUCCACGUCGACCCCAGCCAGCAAGGUCUCCAAAACGCCAUCUUCUCCAUCUUCAUGAUCACCACCAUCUUCACUACCCUGGUCCAACAGAUCAUGCCUCGCUUCAUCCUGCAGCGUGACCUGUACGAAGUUCGGGAACGUCCAUCGAAGGCCUACUCCUGGAAGACGUUCCUCAUCGCCAACAUCGUCGUCGAAAUCCCGUAUCAGAUCAUUCUCGGUAUCAUGGUCUGGGCAUCCUACUUCUAUCCGAUCUACACUCGAGAGGGCAUCCCCUCCGGGGAGCGCCAAGGCCUCGUCUUGCUCCUCCUGGUCCAGUUCUUCGUGUUCACGUCGACCUUCGCGCACAUGAUGAUCGCGGCGCUGCCCGACUCGGAGACAGCCGGGAACAUCGCCACGCUCAUGUUCUCCCUCACCUUGAGUUUCAACGGUGUCUUCCAACCGCCGAACGCCCUGCCCGGCUUCUGGAUCUUCAUGUACCGCGUCUCGCCUCUGACCUAUCUCGUCUCAGCCGUCGCCUCAACUGGCCUCUCCGGCCGCCCCAUCCGCUGCUCCUCCACCGAAGUCGCCAUCAUGCAGCCCCCCGCCGGGACCUCCUGCGGCGCCUACCUCUCCAGGUACGCCGCCGACACCGGCGGCGCCGUCUACAACCCGGACGCCGUCUCGGACUGCCAGUACUGCGCCUCGACCGUCGCCGACCAGUACCUCGCCUCCGUCUCCAUCUCGUACUCGACGCGCUGGCGCGACUACGGCAUCGGCUUCGCCUACAUCUUCUUCAACAUCUUCGCCGCCGUGCUGGCGUACUAUCUCGUCCGCGUCCGGAAGGGGAGCGGGAAGAGCAUCGGGGAGAGAUUUCCAGUCAAGCCUUUGCUGGCGCUGUUUAAAAAGGGAUCCGCAUAG